AUGAAGCACUCACUCUUCACGGUUGCCGCAUUUUUCCUCAGCUGCGCCCAUGUGUUUGCAGUACCCCAAGUCCCCGGGCCUCUACAGGAUAUCCUUCUCCAGAAAAAGGCAGACUCUAGCAAAGUCGGCUAUCUAGCAGUCUAUUGGAAGACGGCUGACGAGAGUGUCUACUUUGCCCUCAGCACUAAUGACGACCCGCUGGGCUUUACCGAGCUAAAUGGCGGAAAUCACAUUGUGUCGCCGACGCUCGGUACCGGCGCCGUACGGGAUCUCUCCAUUAUUGCUGGAGAUGGGAUAUGGUACAUUCUGGGCACUGAUUUGAAUAUCGGCGAGACCAACUGGUCCGCUGCUGUGGCCAAUGGAUCGCGCGCCAUUGUGGUUUGGCAGAGCACGGAUUUGGUCAAUUGGACAGAUGAAAGACUGGUCACUGCCGAAGGUCCUACUGCUGGCUGCGUGUGGGCACCCGAUGCAGUCUGGCUGCCUCAGUAUAAUGAGUUCUUUGUCCACUGGGCAUCACCCUUGUAUGAUGAGGACGAUACGUCGCACACGGGGACCGCGACACCUCUCUUGAUUCGCGGCGGCAUCACCACCGACUUUACUACGAUUGAGGACCCUGGAACCUAUAUUGAUUACAGUCCAUCAGACACGCUGGACCUCAGCUUCCUGCAAAUCAACGAGACGGCCUUUGUCCGCAUCCACGCGGGCGGCGGCAUCGACGGCAUCAUUGCCGAGGUCGGCUACGGGGGCAUCUGGGGCGACUGGGAGCGGCCCGCGGGCGUCAUUGCGGCGGAUUACGAGGGGCCGUAUCCCUUUUGGGACAACGAGGUGGACGGCAAGGCCUGGCUGCUGAGCGACCUCGUCGGCGGCGGCGCGGGGCUGCGGGCCUGGGAGUCUGCCGACCCGACGUCGGGCGUGUUCGAUUCCACGGCGUCGGCCCUCACUUACAUGAGGCACGGUUCCGUGUUGGCAGUGACGCAGGAGCAGUACGAUGCCCUAACGAGCGCCUUUGGCGCUUGA